CUUGGUUGGACCGGCUUGUUGCGGGGAGGGCGGGGGAAGAUCGUUCGCAGUGGAGAAGGUCCGCGCAAGGGAAGCUCCCCAGAGACUCUCAUCCAGCAGCCUCUGCUCAGGCCCAGCCUUCUCUCUCCAGUUGCCACCACAGCCUGGAGGCGCCUGCCUCCGCCCUCCCGAAUGGUGCUCCUCCUCGCAGGCCUCGGCCCAGGAUCCAGGCCCCCUUUGCCUCCUACCUCGGAGCUAUUGCUCCGGGUCUCUUCUGGUGGACUCCCCGUGACGGGGAGGGAAGGACUUUUGCACAUACAAGGCUAUAGCUCUUGGGACCCCACCGGCAACUUGAAUCUCGGCCUCUAACCGAGUGUGAGGUUCUUCCUGUGCCCUCUUUUUCCACCCUUUGAGAAGAGAAACCCUUCUUCUUGCCACCCAGAGCCCAGGAAGCCCCAAGCUGGGGCCCUGGUCCCAGCAUGUCAGUCCUCUUUUUUGCAUAGGGCUGUGCCCUCUCCCUGUCAGCAUGGCUGAACUCAGGCAGGUUCCAGGGGGGCGGGAGACCCCACAGGGGGAGCUUCGGCCUGAGGUUGUAGAGGAUGAAGUCCCACGGAGCCCAGUUGCAGAGGAGCCUGGAGGAGGUGGAAGCAACAGCAGUGAAGCCAAAUUGUCCCCAAGAGAAGAAGAAGAACUGGAUCCUAGAAUACAGGAGGAGCUGGAGCAUCUGAACCAGGCCAGCGAGGAGAUCAACCAGGUGGAGCUGCAGCUGGAUGAGGCCAGGACCACCUACCGGAGGAUCCUGCAGGAGUCAGCAAGGAAGCUCAACACGCAGGGCUCCCACUUGGGGAGCUGCAUCGAGAAGGCCCGGCCCUACUAUGAGGCUCGGCGGCUGGCUAAGGAGGCCCAGCAGGAGACACAGAAGGCAGCACUGCGGUAUGAGAGGGCUGUGAGCAUGCACAACGCUGCCCGGGAGAUGGUGUUUGUGGCUGAGCAGGGCGUCAUGGCUGACAAGAACCGGCUGGACCCCACGUGGCAGGAGAUGCUCAACCACGCCACCUGCAAGGUGAAUGAGGCCGAGGAGGAGCGGCUUCGUGGUGAGCGGGAACACCAGCGGGUGACACGGCUGUGCCAGCAGGCUGAGGCUCGGGUUCAGGCCCUGCAGAAGACCCUCCGGCGGGCCAUUGGCAAGAGCCGCCCCUACUUCGAGCUCAAGGCCCAGUUCAGCCAGAUCCUGGAGGAGCACAAGGCCAAGGUGACAGAGCUGGAGCAGCAGGUAGCCCAGGCCAAGACCCGCUACUCAGUCGCCCUGCGCAACCUGGAACAGAUCAGCGAGCAGAUUCAUGCGCGGCGCCGGGGCCAGCUCCCUCACCCCUCGGGCCAGCUGCGCUCUUCCCCAGUGGGGGCCGAGGCCGGGCCUGAUGGUGGCGAGGAUGGGGACAGCGGGAUCAUCGAGGGGGCCGAGGGCGGGGGGCUGGAGGAGGGUGUCAGCCUGGGGCCUGGCCCUGCCCCCGACACGGACACGCUGAGCCUGCUGAGCCUGCGCACUGUGGCUUCAGACCUGCAGAAGUGCGACUCCGUGGAGCACCUGCGGGGCCUCUCGGACCACACCAGUCUGGAUGGCCAGGAGCUGGGUCCCCGGAGCGGGGGUCGUAGCGGCCGCCACCAGCGCAGUAUCAGCCUGUAGCCCUGUGCUCAGGGUGGCUGGUGCAGUCUUACCACCACUGGCCCAUGGAGGGCCCUGCAGGCUCCUAGCUCCCUCUCCUCGGGUCCCCGCUUCCCCCAGAGAGGUCAGGUUGGCUGUGUCUUGAGUCUGUCCUCUUUCUCACCCUGCCCUGCCCCCCACAGCUGGCAGCUCUCUUUGCCUUACCCUUUCAGAAGGCUUGUCUUUGGCUCUCACAUCUCCCCUCCGCCUGCUGGCCCCUCAGUCUGAUACCGUUUGCUGGCCUCUUUUUGACUUCUUCCAUCUGUCUGGUUUUUCCCCUCAGGGAAAUUUGUCUAGAAGGCACAGGGAUAUCAUCAGAGAAGGUGGGCGCUGGACCUGGGUCCUGGCAUCUUGGCCCCCCCAAGCUUGAGUGAAUGGACGGGUGCCCCUCCCACCUACGCAUCUCCCGAGUGGUCCCGAGUGGCAGGGAUGCUGCCGAGCCCUCCUAGCAGCGCAGCGCCCCAGUCCUCUGUGCCAGCCUGCCUGUGUGUAGCAUGUAAGCUGCACUGUGGGGCUGUGUGCCUCUGGAAGACGCCACCCAUCCCUUUAGUGCUCCCUCCUCAUGACCUAAGCCACUUUGCUAUGCGUGCCUCAAAGCAGGACUUGAGGGUUACUGGUGUCAGGGAAGGUGAAACCCAAUCUCGUCGUUGACAAAGGAGGCACCACCAACUCCAAACAGACUCCCGUGUGUGUGGUGUUUCCCCAGCUUGGCUGGGUCCUUAACAUUGCCAAGGUGCUAGUGAGUCCAUGUUGGGGGAUGGAGAUGUAGUGAGGUCCUGAUGGCUGAAGCCCUUGCCAUUCCUGCUGCGGAGUUAGGUUUAUUUACUUUCUCUGGGUAGAGGAUGCUGAACCAAAUCUCAGCGUCCUCCUGCAGGGUAGAGUUGGGGAGUUUGGUGCUCAAUUGCUCUCCCUCGCUCUUCCCCAAACCAAACAAUACCUAGUCCACGAUCCCCUGGGGGAUGCUCAGGUUUGGCUGCAGAGCCUCCGCUGAUGUGGGGAAGCUUUGGCCUGGGGUGAGGGAACCCGCCCUCCAUCGGGAGCUGCUUCAGGUGUCUGGUGGUACUCCUGUGCUGCGUGGGGCGGGGGAAAGGUAGGGAAGCCACACUGGAUCUAGGAGCCUCGGGAGCACCGAUCCUCCUGUCCCACCCCAGGAGGGCUGAGAGCUGGACUCUGGACAGGAUAACUUGUGCCUAGGCCUGUGUGCUGCUGCCAUUGACUGGGGGAGGAGCAGGCCUUCGAAUAGGAGGUGUCUCCCUGUCCCAGGGUUGAGGCAGUUUGGUCAUGAUGAGAACCGCCAGGUUUGAGGUGGCCAUGGGGGGAGGGAAGAAGGGGGAGGAUGUGGGCGUGCGUGCGUGCAUGCAUGUGCCUGUGUGUAUGGGGGAAAAGGGUCUGCCCCUGAUUUUAUUUAAAUAAAAUAGUUUAUGUAACAAUAAUGUUUAUUGUCCCUUUUAGGGAGGGAAGAGGAGUAAGGGGUGAGGAUGGAGAGUGGGGAGGAACAGGGUGAAGCGGGAUGCUCUUUUGAUGGGGUAGUCAGAGGAGGUCUCUUGGGAGGUGAAGGAUGAGAUGGAUCAAACCCAGGCAAUGAGAGGAGGGAAGGCUUAUGGCCACAAGGCUGGGGUGAAUGCGCACCAAGUCGGUGGUGCCCUGCAACCCCCUACCCUUCCAGCUUACCGGCCAAGGAGGGCUCUGCAGGGUGGAGUGGGUGUUGUCAGCCACUGGUGGUGCAGACAAGAUGAUGGUGCCAUUCCUGGAUGUGAGCAUGAAGAAAGGGGAGGGACAAGUAGGGUUGUGGGAUUUAGCAAAUAUACAGGAUGCCCAGUUAAACUUGAAUUUCAGAUAGACGAUGUUUUUGGCCCCUGCAGUGUUAAGGACAUACUUAAUACUAAGUUGUUUGUCAUCUAUCUGAAAUUAAAAUUUAACAUAGAUAAAAGGUGACUCCCAAGUCAGGGCUUGACCCGUUGGUAGGUCAGGAGGGGUUUGAAUACAUUUGGACCCACUGUUUGUGAAACAUCUGGUGGAAUCAGGUUGGGGGAGAGAUGAGAACUUCAGGAGCUGAGGAAGUGGAGAGUGAAGGCUCUCGACCAGACCUCACCACUGGUGCACCUACAUUUGUAGCCAGGUGAGGAGGGAGUCAGCUAAGGGAUGGAGAAGGUGCUGCCAGGGAGGAGGAGGGGGAGACCCACUGGAAACCUGGUGGGAAAAGGGUGUCCUGAAGACCUUUAAGGGGCAAGGUGAAGGCCAGGAGUUGAAGGGACAGGAGGGCAGAAGAGUGACCCUGGUGACCUCAGGUGGUAGAUGGGCCAUUAGGAGCCACUGUGUACCCUUUGACAAGACUGUCCAGGUGUGAGACUGCCUUUCCUGACCUGGCUUAUUAAUUGAGAAAUAAGCAAAGUGUGAUAAGGCAGAUGGGUGCCAAAAACUUCCUUUAUCACUGGAAAAGCGCUGUGAGUGUAUGUGUGGCCUGUGUCCUUGGGCAAGUGGGCUUUCUGAGAUGAUUCCCCAGGGUCAUACUUCCCUACCCAGUCUGUGGCAGUGUGGAACCUGUAAGGCUCCUGGUGCAAAGGAACCCCAGAAAAGAAGAGCAGGCUGUGCCCACCCAGUUUCUCCAUGCAGAAUCACCUACCAGAAAAGGCAAUAGUGGAGAGAGAACAGGAGGGUUGGCGCUAAUGGCUAACCAUGGCAAAUGUGCCCCCUAGCCCUAUUGUAACAAUAGUGGAUUGCACUCACCCAGUGUGUCUCACGUGCCAGGCAUAUGCAUCGAUCCAUUUAGUACCCAUAGCAAUAUUAUGGGGUAGGUAGCACCACAGUUGCUUUUUUCCAGGUGAGAAUACAGGCAUAGUAAGGGUGCCCAGUCUGCCCUUAGCCUUGUAGAAGGUAAUGGAGGCAGUUGGACUCUAGAGUCUAAACUCUUCAGCCCUUGAGGGAAGCCCCUCACAGGAGCUAGAGGUGAGAAAGUAGAGGAAGUGUGUGUAGUCAACUCUUAGGAAGUUUUACUGGGAAGGGGAGCUGAGAACAGGAUGGUCAAGGAAUUUUAAAGUAAGCAAGAGAUGGUCAAGUUAUGGGGGAUGUGGAGUCUCUUCUCCCCAUGUCAUAUGUCCUAGUGGUAAUGACUUCUUUUGAGCUGUGUCCCCCUCAAGUGAGCAGCUGGGCCUCAGUCUCCCUGGCACCUAGCUCAUGCCCAGCACCUAAUAGAUGCUCAGAAAAUGUGCUUUUGCAUCUCCCUUCUCCCUGCCCCGGUCCAAAUCUAUACCAGAUUAUAGGUUGUCCCUGACCUGUGAUAGUUUGACUUUGAUUUUUUGACUUUACAAGGAUGAGAAAGCAGUACACAUUCAGUAGAAACCGUACUUCACAUUUUGAAUUUUGAUCCUUUCCUGGGCUAGUGAUACGAGGUACAAUACUCUCUCAUGAUGCUGAGCAGUGACAGCAAGCUGUAGCUCCUAGUCAGCUACACGAUCACGAGGGUAAACGACUGAUGCACUUAGAACCAUUCUAUACUCAUACAGCCAUUCUGUUUUUCAGUUUCAGUACAGUAUUCAAUAAACUAUGUGAGAUAUUCAACACUUCAUUAUA